AUGCGUUUCCAAGCCGGAUAUCUUGCGGCGAGCGUCGUGCUGCCUUCAUUGGCAGCGGCCUUGCCGUCUUCCGUCGAGAACAGAGAUGAUGUGCCCGCUCACAUUAGAGGCAAACGCUCUUUCUAUAGCCGUGAUGGUAUAAAGCGGACGGUCUUUGAGCACGAGGCCACGGGCGCCAAGAUGGAUUUCGUGACCAACUCGGGCAUCUGUGAGACGACGCCCGGCGUCAACCAGUAUUCCGGAUAUCUCUCCGUUGGCAGCGACGAAAACAUGUGGUUCUGGUUUUUCGAGGCUCGGAACAAUGCUUCGACUGCACCGCUGGCGACCUUCUUGAAUGGUGGACCUGGCUGUUCGUCCAUGAUUGGCUUGUUCCAGGAAAACGGACCGUGUCAUUUUGUCAACGGCUCGUCAACACCAUCACUAAAUCCUUACAGCUGGAAUGAAUACGCCAACAUGCUGUACAUAGAUCAGCCCAUCGGCACCGGGUUCUCGUACGGCAAGGACCCCGUGACAUCGACCGUGACAGCUGCUCCCUAUGUCUGGACCUUUCUCCAAGCCUUCUUCGCCCAGUUCCCUCAGUACGAGUCCCGAGAUUUCGGCCUGUUCACCGAAUCUUACGGCGGACACUAUGGACCAGAAUUCGCAUCCUACUUUGAAUCCCAGAACGCAGCUAUUGCAAAUGGCACCACCAAGGGGGAGAACAUCUCCCUGGUCGCCCUGGGCAUCAACAACGGCUGGUACGACCCUAUCAUACAGUACAAAGCCUACAUCGAUUUCAGCUACAACAACACCUAUUCUCCCCUGAUUAGCGCCUCGCAACACACCUCCUAUACCAACACCUACACCAGCUCCUGUCUCCCCGCACUCAAGGAAUGCUCCAGCACGACCGGCAGCAAUUCCGCGUGCGAGAACGCCGAGUCAACGUGCUACAAUGAUAUCGAAGGCCCGAUUUCCAACAGUGGCGAUUUCGAUGUGUAUGAUAUUCGAGAACCGAGUAACGACCCCUAUCCCCCCGCGACGUAUGUGUCGUAUCUGCAGAGCUCCGAUGUCAUGACAGCAAUUGGCGCGCAGAGCAAUUAUAGCGAGUGUCCUUCCGCGCCGUAUAAUAAAUUCAGCAGUACCGGCGAUGAUUCUCGCUCCUUCCUCGCAACCCUCUCAACGGUGGUACAGUCCGGCAUCCAAGUGCUCCUGUGGGCGGGCGACGCGGACUGGAUCUGUAACUGGUUCGGCGGGCUAGCGGUCGCGAACGCAGUCGAUUUUGAUGGCUCGGCUGCGUUUGCGGCAAAGGAGGCCGUGAAUUAUACGGUGGAUGGGGUGGCCGGCGGCACUUUCAAGACGGAGGGGAAUUUGAGCUGGUUGAGGGUAUUUGGGGCGGGGCAUGAGGUUUCUUACUAUCAACCCGAGGUCGCGCUGCAGGUCUUUAAGCAGACGAUGCAAAAGAAGGUUAUUUUCUCAACAUGA